AUGUGUUCAGCUGUGUGGAAUGCUUUCACUAAGUCCGAGUGUGGAACUCGGGCAACUUGUGACAUAUGUUUCAAAGGCUAUUCAAAUUCWGGAAAUACGACAAAUUUAUGGAAUCAUUUAAGUAGUACUCACAAAGCUGAAUACCACGAACUAAGAAAUUCAAAGAAAAAAGAUCAAAGCAAUACUAUGAUCCCGGAAAACGAUACACUUGAGUUAAAGCCUAAAUUUGAACCUAAACAAUCAUYUAUGAAGUCCUUCACUUUAAYUCCAAAUUCAAAACUGAAAUUUGAUAAAGUUCUGGCAUAUUUCAUUUCUGUUGAUAUGAUGCCUUAUAAUUUGGUAGACAAAGAAGGAUUUAAACUAUUUGUUAACGCUUUAAAUCCUAGUUAUCGACUGCCUAGCCGAACCACAUUGUCUAAUAGAAAAAUUCCAGAUCUAUUCAAAGAAACUAAAAUGAAAGUGGAAAGCAUUUUAUCUAGUACAACAUUUUUAUCUUUGACAACUGAUUGCUGGACAUCUGUAGCACAAAAACCAUUUAUAGCUUUAACUGGACAUUUUAUGGAUAAAAAAACAAUAUGCCUUGGGUGUCGAGAAAUGUCAGACAAUCAUACAGGAGAAAAUUUGGCAGAUGCUAUACAGCUAAUCUUACUAGAGUAUGAUCGAGAAAUAAAUGUUGGUAUUGGAGCGAUAACAACUGAUAAUGGGGCUAAUGUAUUAAAAGCAGUAAAUAAUGUAUCAAUUUCACAUGUUUCUUGUUUUGGACAUAGCUAUAAUAUAGCUAUAAAAAGAGUUUUCAACUUAGAUCAGGUUAAAACUGCUGUUAAUAAAGUUAAGGCAAUUCAGAACAUUUUUGGUUAUAGUUGGACGGCCAUUAGAGAAUUGUCCAUUGAGCAACGACGCUAUGGGUUACCAACUGUGAAAUUUCCAACAUAUUCAAAAACAAGGUGGUGGUCAUUGUUAGACCUAAUAGAAAUAGCCAUAUCUCAAGAAUUAGCAUUAGCAUCAUUUCUAAGAAGUUAUAAAAAUGGCAUUCACAAAGACAAAAUGUAUAAUGAAGAAGAAAUGAUUGUCUUAAAAACAUUAUUACAUGUUUUACAGCCUAUUCGACAAAUUUCAGACAAUCUUGCAGGUGAAACAUUUGUAACAGCAUCAGCAAUUAUACCAGUCAUAAAAAUUGUAGAAAAUAAACUAACAGAAACCGCAACCAAUGAUAAUGAAAUUAAUAUUGAUCAAACAUUGAAAAAAACAGUUCUUCAAACAAUAGUUGAUUUGCUUCAUGUUCGUUACAAUAAUGAUAUUUUAAAAAUUUGUACAGUGCUUGAUCCUAGAUUUAAGUUUGUCGUGAUUUCUUUGUAA